AAUAAAAUGAGAUGAGCCUCUUGUGCGUGGAGUGUAAAUUAGUGGACUUGGUGCAAGUUGGGACAACAUGGCUGAGAACAAGGAGGAAGUGAAAUAUUACCGACUGGAAGAGUUGAAGCAGCAUUGCAAUGGCAACAGCGCGUGGGUUCACAUUAAUAACCACAUAUAUGACGUGACCAACUUUCUGGAUCAGCAUCCUGGUGGAGAAGAAGUGCUAAUAGAACAAGCAGGAGGUGAUGCUACAGAAGCCUUUGAAGACGUUGGACAUUCCAAAGAUGCACACGAAAUGAAGAAACAGUACCUGAUAGGAGAGCUGCACCCUGAUGACAGAGAUGCUUUUCAAACGCUGAAGAACCCAGUUGUUGUUACAGAGACAUCUGAAUCAAGCUGGUGGUACGGUUGGAUAAUCCCCGCAAUAGCCGGAGUGACUGCAGCUUUCUGGUACCGGGUUUUUGUGGCAGAUCAAUGAACACGACACAUGAAGGAAAUAUUGGCACCACUUUGCAUUGAUUGAUUAAAAGCAAAAUUGAUUGUUACAAAUCAGUUUAAAGACAAAAAUAGAAAUAUUACUUUCACUGAAGAGAUUACAGGGUAGAAAUUGUUUUUUGCAUGCUCAUUGCUGGCAUAAAAUGCAUGGCAUGUCAUCACUGGGGAAAGAUUUGCCAUUUUGGCUCGAAUUGCCCACUUGCACCCAUUGCCCAAUCUAACCUUCACUCAGGAACCCACCCAGGACCACUGCUGGUAGCCCAAGAUUUUUUGUUUAUGGGUAAAUAAAUCAAGAUUGGUGCUGGCAGUUUGGCCAGGAAAUAAUGAGGAAACUGAAGGGAUAGUUUUGCACCUCAAAUUCUAUCAAAUAAUAGGAUCCCAAUAUAGAUUUUUUCCCCUCUGCAGUGGAUGCAAACCAUACAAACACUGCCCCGACUUGCGUAAGGGUUACAUUCCAUAAACCCUUAUGCAAGUCAGGUUUUGCAUGAGUUUUUAAGUCGGUAUCGCCUUAAACCUAGAUAGAAACGAAGAACUGCAGAUGCUGGUUAAUACACAAAAUGGCACAAAGUGCUGGAGUAACUCGGCAGAUGAGACGGUUCUCUAGAGAACGUGGAUAGGUGACAUUUUGGGUCAGGACCUUUCAUUAGAUUGUUUUAGUCUGCUGAGUUACUCUAGUUUCACUUUAAAACUAGGCUUCAUUGCUGCUGGUCUAUACCAGCGUGACCUGCAUCACCACUUGUGCCGUCCUAUUGAUGUGGCUGUUGCAGCUGACAUUAUAGCCGCUGGCCGUACAGCAGUUUCCUCAGGCUGCUGCCACCAACAGGAUGUGCUCUGUCACCGGCCCACCAGUCCGCUCACCAGCUGCUGCUUUGUCCUGUUGGCCAUUGCUUUGUCCACUCUCUCCUCCUCCCAACGCUUUGCCACUCCACUGCUCUCCUCCCCCCUGGAGAAAGCGCUGUCGGCCGGGGGCUACAAUGUGAGCCACAACAAUAGCCGCGUCAGUGGAACAGUGAGGCAGCUGGUGAAGGCGAGCUUGCUGGUGCACAUUGUGGAAGAUGGUUUUGGUUCGGCUGAGAGUUGCUAUCCACCACCUCCCUCGUUCUUGCUCGCCUUCCCAUUGUCACACCAACAGUGGCUGUAACUGGAAGAACAAUGAGCCCAGGUGACACUUUUAUAUCCUGUAUAUAUCAUAUAUUUUACAUAUGAAGCUGACUGGAAGGUCUCGCCAUCCUUCCAUUGCAAUGCACAGGUUAUUUAGAAAACUGGACCAUCCAAUGUGAAUAGUUUAUGUAAGUGCGUGUUUAUGUAACUCGCCUGUUAUGCAAGUCAGAGAGUGUAUGUGUCCGGGUAUAAUUGAUUUAGCUAGCUGGACCAUGCUUGCAUGGUUAAUCUCUGCAUGUGUCUUCCAUUUGCAGUUGACUCUUCCCGUCCAGUGGCCCAAAUUUCCCAUAUCCCCUUCAUUCACGAUAAACUAUUAUUUCUUUGAUAUGUCCCCGCCUCUUCCUUUAUUCUUGCCGCCCACCCCACACCCACAUAAGUCCGAGGAAGGGUCUCAACCUGAUACGUCACCUAUUCCUUCGCUCCAUAGAUGUUGCCUCACCCGCUGAGUUUCUCCAGCAUUUUUGUCUACCUUCGAUUCUUCCAGCAUCUGCACUUCUUUCUUAAACAUUUCUUUAAAAUAGGAAGGUUAGAGACAUCGCAAAGUAGAAAAUAGGUCCAGACUUGUACCUUUUUAUUUCUGAAUAUUGCUAACAUGCAGAAUUUUCAUUUUUGCCUUAUAAUCUGAACCUUGCCACUCACAUAUGAUUUUUAUAUAAACAAAUUUUUAAUAUACAAUUUUUCUAAACAAACAUAUAGCUCAGUGAUGCUCCCCAGGAAAGUGUUUUAUAAUUGUGGUUUUAUGCCUAAUUAGGUGGGUGUCAAGAUUUGAAUUUUGAAUUAUUCCUUUUCAUUUUGCCCACUGACCUCUUACCAUUGCUAAACCUGCAGAACAAUGCAACAUGCAUUUUUAUUGAGCCUCUGUUUUGUGCAAGACUUUGGACAUGCAAUGAUAGUCUAUGUUGACUACCACAUUGUAUUCUUGUUUACUCUUCCUGAAUAAUACAUCUCUAUGAGGAUGUACUAUAAUAAUGAAUGCAUGCAAUAUUGGCUUCCAUUCAAUUGAAUGGAAGAAUAUCUUUAUAAAUAAUGAUGAGUGACUGACUGUUCAUAGAAUCACAUAGAAUGUACUCAAAAGUAUAAUGGCAAAUCUAUGAUAUUGUUUGUUCUCCAUAUGAAUUUCCAUUCUAAUUUGCUGUCCUUCCAUGAUGCCCCAUGGUCAUAUCAUUUUCUCUCAAAGCAUUAAGAAUCCUCUUUUACUCUAAACUAUUCCUCGUUGCAGCACAUCCACAUUAUUUUUCAGUGUGAUUAAAUCCUUUGUUGGUUAAAAUUACACUAAAAUUACACCUCGGUUGUUGUGCCCAGAAGUUGUACAAGGAUUUUCCAACUUCCCGUUCCUUUGCAGUUCAGUAAGACUUUUUCCACCAGUAAAGGGCCUGUCCCACUGUACAAGGUCAUUCACGAGUUCUCCCGAGUUUUCCCCGGAUUCGAACUCUGAGAAUGUCCGUAGCGGGUCCGUAGGAGUUCAUGGAUGUCCAGCGGCUUGUAAUGCUAACGGUAGAUACUCGGGAAAUCCGGUAAACUCGUGAUGUUUUUUUCAACACUGCAAAAAUUGUCCACGAGUAAAAUAAAAUACUCGCGAGGAAUAAAUUUUUUUUUUAAUUUUAUUAGAAGCAAUGUACAUCUUAAUCAUAAAAUGCAACAUACUACAUUUCGUGUACAACUUUUUUUUAAACUUUAACCUAAAAUAGAAAAAGAGAAAAGGAAAAAGAGAAAGAAGAAAAGAGUGAGGUAAGUAGUGGGAGUGUAGUCUGCAGUAGUUGGCGUCAAGUGAAUGUUAAUGGUAAGUAGACUGCGUGCUUGAAAAUGUGAAAAGCAAAGAAGAAAAAAAAUGCCCCACAGAAAAGGGGGGCCUUAAGAAAAAGAAAAUAAGUAAUGAAUCUAAAAAAGGUAAGGCUAAGCAAGAAGGAAACAUAGAAAUUAGGUGCAGGAGUAGGCCAUUCGGCCCUUCGAGCCUGCACCGCCAUUCAAUAUGAUCAUGGCUGAUCAUCCAACUCAGUAUCCCGUACCUGCCUUCUCUCCAUACCCUCUGAUCCCCUUAGCCACAAGGGCCACAUCUAACUCCCUCUUAAAUAUAGCCAAUGAACUGGCCUCAACUACCCUCUGUGGCAGAGAGUUCCAGAGAUUCACCACUCUCUGUGUGAAAAAAAAGUUCUUCUCAUCUCGGUUUUUAAAGGAUUUCCCCCUUAUCCUUAAGCUGUGACCCCUUGUCCUGGACUUCCCCAACAUCGGGAGCAAUCUUCCUGCAUCUAGCACCUAAAGGGAAUGUGCCUAAUUCUUAACGAUUCACACCCAUCACCUAGUUCUAAAAGAGUUAUUUUCAGAACUAGGUGAUGGUGUGAAUCAUUAGCAAUUCCCUUUCCCUUUCCUUCUUGCUUAGCCUUACCUUUUUUAGAUUCCUUACUUUUACUGGUUGUUUACUUUUUACUUGUAUGAGCCGCUACGAGACAUCCACGAACUCCUACAGACCCGCUACGGACAUUCUCCGAGUUCGAAUCGGGGGGAAAACUCGAGAGUACUCUUGAAUUACCUCGUGCAGUGGGACCGGCCCUUAAGUCUUUUAUAUAAAGGAUGCAAUACAUAUUCUUCACAUUCAAUACAUCAAUAGGGGUAUUGGUGCUGUGAUAUUUUUAUAGGUUUUAUUGGAACGUGAGACUUGCGUCAAUCAUUGAAUUUUGAUCCUAAAACACUAAAUGUGAAAAAUUAUAACGUUUUAUUUUUUAUUAUUAUUGCAAUAGAUGGUGCAUAAAUGUGGGUUCUUCAUGAGUGUGAUACUAUGUUCUACAUUGUUAUAACAAUGUUUCUUAAAUCCCAUGUACUCUUGGAUGGGGAUGCAGGUGCUGGCAAAAAGAAAAAUAGCCAGUGGAUGACUUGCAGUUAAGUGAUAGGAGUAGAAUUAGGCCAUUCAGCCCAUCAAGUCUACUCCGCCAUUCAAUCAUAGCUGAUCGAUCUCUCCUUUCUGACCCCAUUCACCUGCCUUCUCCCCAUAAUCUCUGACACCCGCACUAAUCAAGAAUCUAUCUCUGCCUUGAAUAUUUCCGCUGAAUUGGCCUCCACAGCCUUCUGUGGCCACGAAUUCCAUAGAUUUACCACCCUCUGAUUAACAAAAUUCCACCUCAUCUCCUUCCUAAAUGAAUAUCCUUUAAUUCUGAGACUGUGACCUCUAGUCCUAUACUCUCCCACUGGUGGGAACAUCCUCUCCACAUCCACCCUAUCCAAAUCUUUCACUAUUCUGUCCCCCCUACUUCGUCUAAACUCCAGCGAGUACAGGCCCAGUGCCGACAAACGUUCAUCACAGGUUAACCUACUCAUUCCUGGGAUCAUUCGUGUAAACCUCCUCUGGACCCUCUCCAGAGGCAGUACAUCCUCGGACAUGGUGCCCAACACUGCUUACAGUAUUCCAAAUGAGGCCUGACCAGCACCUUAUAGAGUCUCAGCAUUACAUCCCUGUUUUUGUAUAGAAGCCCUCUUGAUAUAAAUGCGAGCAUUGCAUUUACUUUCUUUACUAUUGAUUUGACUUUCAGAUUAACUUUUUGCAAACCCUGUACCAGCACUCCCAAGUCUAUUUGCACCUCUGAUUUCUGGAUUAUCUCUCUAUUGAGAAAAUAAUCUAUGCUUUUAUUCCUUCUACCAAAAUGCAUGAUUCCACACUUUGCUACACUAUAUUCCAUCUGCCACUUCUUGGCCCACUCUCCCAACCUAUCUCUAAGUCCUUCUGCAGAGUCCCUGCUUCCUCUACACUACCUGCCCCUCCAUCUAUUUUUGUAUAAACCACUAAUUUGGCCACAAAGCCAUCAAUCCCCUCAUUCAAAUCAUUAAUAUACAACAUGAAGAGCAGUGGCCCCAGCACUGAGCCCUGCGGAACUCUGCUAGUCACUGGCAGCCAACCAGAAAAUCCUCCUUUAUUGCCACUCUUUGCCUUCUGCCAUCCAGCCAACCUGAUAUCCAUGCUAGUAUCUGCCCUUUGAUACCGUGGGCUCUCAUCUUUCUUAGCAGCCUCCCAUGAGGCACCUUAUCAAAGGCUUUCUGAAAAUCUAGGUAUACAACAUCUACUGACUCUCCUUCAUCUGUCCUGCUAUUUAUUUCUUCAAAGAUUUCCAGCAAAUUUGUCAGGCAAGACCUCCCCUUCACAAAGUCAUGCUGACUUCGGCCUAUUUUAUUGUGGACUUAUUUUAUCGUACUACAAAACCUCAUUCUUAAUAAUGCACUCUAAAAUCUUACCAACCACCAAAGUCAGAAAACUGGCCUAUUGUUCCCACUAUGCUGCUUUGCUCCCUUCUUGUGCAGCGAGGUAAUAUUGGCAAUUCUCCAAUCAUCUGGAACUACUCCUGACUCUCAUGAUUCUUGAAAUAUCACUGUCAAUGCCUCCACAAUCUUUAAAGCCACCUCUUUCAGAACCCUAGGGUUCAGUCCAUCCGGCCCAAGUGACAUCCACCUUCAGCCCUUUCAGCUUCCCAAGCACCUUCUCCCUGGUAACAUCCACUCCACUAACUCCACCCCAACUCUCUUGAAUUUCAGGCACGUUGCUGGUGUCUUUCACUGUGAAGACUGUUGCAAAAAAGUUAUUCAGCUCCUCUGCCAUUUCUUUAUUCCCCAUUAUCACUUCUCUUGCAUUAUUCUCCAGCGGCCCAACGUCCACUCUUGCCCCUUUCUUGCUCUUGAUAUAGCUGAAGAAACUCUUGCAAUCCUCUUUUAUAUUAUUAUUAUUAGCUAGCUUACUUUCAUAUUUCAUAUGUUCUCCCCGUACUGCCUUUUUAGUUACCUUCCCCUCUUCAAAAGCUUCCCAGUCUUCUGGAUUCCCACUAAUCUUUGCAAUGUUAUAUGCCUUCUCUUUUAGUUUUAUACUGUCGUUGACUUUUCUUGUCAGCCGUGGUCACCACUUGCUACCCCUAGAAUCUUUCUUCCUCUUUCGAAUGAAAAGGUCCUGCAGCUUCCAAAUUAUCCCAGAAGUUCUUGCCAUUGCUGGUUCACUCUCAUCCCUGCUUGGAGCCUUUCCCAGUCAACCUUUGCCAGUUCCUCCCUCUGUUGUCCCCUUUGCUCAGCUGCAAAACUGACACAUCCGAUUUCACCUUCUCCCUCCCAAACUGAGGAGUCGUCAACGUAACUCAGAAAUAAUCCUUAUUGCUCUGGUUAUCGUAGUUGGAUUGUCUCCACUGGUAAAUGUAUCGAUUAACGUGCCAAACUUGUCUGACAAUGCCUUUUGGGUGAAAUGCAAAGUAAUGCCAUUCUGAAUAAACUAAUGUCUUUUGCAUUAUAUGUUUAUAGCACAUUUGUUGAAUGCAAUUUUGUAAUAACAUUUCCACAGAAUAAUUUACCUGAUGAAAUUUCAAUAAAUAAAUUCUGUAAAGAACUAA